AUGCCCUUCCUCGGAAUAUUGGAAGACACCAAACUCCCUCACAUCCCUGGUACCGUCAUUCUUGAGGAGACCGCCGCCCAUUCACAGGAGCUCACUGGUGGACUCAAACAUGGCACGGGCAGAAAUGCAAAUGUCGUGCUUGUCCCUCAGCCUUCGAAUGACCCAAAUGAUCCACUCAAUUGGCCGCAGUCAAAGAAAUUGACUGCACUCGGUAUAACAUGCAUUGGGGCCGUGCUCUAUGCAGCCGUGGUGAGCGCGAUGCUCAAUUCGGCGUUCUUCGAGAUGUCGAUCGAAAUCAACACCACCAUCCCUAAGCUAGUCCAGACUUCUGGCUAUCAGACCUUAGUCAUUGGUAUUACUGGCCCCUUGUUUUCAGCCUUGUCUCGGAAAUGGGGCAACCGGGCAAUCUUCGUCCUGGCCUCGGUGAUGUGCCUGGUCGCCAACAUCGUUGGAUCUUGUGUCAAGACUUACGAGGGAGUCCUUGCCUCCAGAAUUCUCCAGGGCUUUGCCAUUGCCCCUUUUGAGUCUUUGAUUUUCACCUUGAUCAGCGACAUGUUUUUUGUUCAUGAGAGAGGAUUAUAUGCAUCUAUAAUUAACUUCAUCCUUGCGGGAAUAUCAAACCUGACGGGUGUUGUGGCUGGACCGAUUGCAAGCAAUUUAGGGUGGAGCUGGUUGUACUACUUACUCGUCCUAUUUGGUGGCAUUCACACUAUCCUGCAAUUCCUGUUUGUGCCGGAAACCAGCUAUGUACGUGAUCGACGGUAUGAGAUCGAUGAAAUCAAAGACGAUAAUCUUCAAGAUCUUGCAGCCAUUGAAUAUGAAGAGAAACUCAACGCAGAGAAGGCAGUCGCAAGUGCUACGCACAAUGAGCAUGAGACUGAUGGGGCAAAGAUUGCACAGACCCCCUCUCGCGAGGUCCGCGUUUACAAGAAAAAGACAUUCGUUCAAGAGCUGGCACUUUUCUCAGGAACCUACUCGAACGAGAAUUUCUUCCAGCUGUUGAUAGCGCCAUUUGCUGUCAUUGUCAAUCUAGCCGUGGCAUGGAUCUUGAUCAUCAAUUCCAUGCAUGUCGUGCUUUACGUUGUCAUCGCUUUCGUUCUGGCUCAACUCUUCGCCCCACCGCCAUAUCUCCUGAGCCCAGCGACCAUUGGUUAUCUUUCUCUCGGUCCCUUUGUCGGUGGAGCUCUUGGAUCCAUCAUCCUCGGGCUGUUGUCUGACCCAAUGAUCAAGUGGUGCGCUCGACGAAACAGAGGCAUCUACGAACCCGAAUACCGACUUAUCCCAUGUGUCAUUGGAGUUGUCACUGGUGUCGGUCUCAUGCUAUUCGGAUAUCUGGUAUCGAUUGGUGCCAGCUACUACGCCUGCGCCGCCGUGCAUGGACUAAUGCUGUUCGGCGUCAUGUUCAUCGCCAUUGGAACAUCGAACUAUGCUCUGGACGCUUACCGAGGCAUGGCCAACGAGAUAUUCAUUGCCAGCAUGUCUAUGAAGAAUUUCAUCCUUUAUGGAUUUGCAUACUUCGUCAAUAACUGGACGGCAAGUGCUGGUCCGAGGCAUUGCUUCUUCAUCUGGGGCGGAUUGGCCUUCGCGCUGUUCGCGACCUUACCAUUCAUGUUUAUCUUUGGGAAGAAGUACAGAAGCUAUUGGGCGAGACACAAUUUGCUGGAGAAAUGGAAGAUCCGAACACACGCAGACUAA